AUGCGGCAUGGUUUAGUUGAUGAUCAUAUUCGAUACGAAUUUCAAUCUAUUUUAAAUGUUCUUACUCAUUUUUCAGUUUCACUUACACAAUUAGUAAGUGUACUUAUUAUAUUAGGUUUACAAAUAGCAUUAACUGUUACUCAAACGUGUGAAUAUCGUUUUGGUAUUGGCUUUUGGUCAUUUCCUUUCUUAAUUAUAUCUCCAUUUAGCAUUUGGUUAGUCAUUUGGCGACGAACUUCAAUGGCUUGUCUUAUUGCUAUUUUUAUUCAGUUUUGUUCAACUCUCUUUGCAACAGCCAUAAUUAUUGUUAGUUUUCUUGUUUUGAUUGGUCCCAUGGGAUUUACGUGUUCUAAGUCUUCAUUGAAUGAAUCUUAUGUAAUAUUAAAUAGUGCAUUAAUUGGCAUAAGUGGCUUCUUUAAAUUAUUUAAUUAUGGUGAACUUAUUUUACUUUAUAUGAUUAUUAGAAAUAAUGAUAAAAUAUUAGCAAGAUAUAUGAAAGAAGUUUUUGAACGAGAUCCUUCAGUUGUACCAGAUCCUUCUAAUAGCAAUGUAUGGCGUUCAUGGUCUGCAGUUUCUAGUGAAACUCGUAGUAACUCAGAUGUGUUUUUUGCUUAA